AUGCGCAUCCUCGGCACGUUAGGAAAUAUGCCCUCCAACUUUCUUCCGCGUCGCAUGUAUAGAACGCACUUCUCGCGUCUGGUAACGUUGCUAUGCUUCCUAUGCAUGCUCUUCGUAUUCACCCUCUUCGUGAAUAAAUUCUUCUGGGCUGCACCCAAUACAUAUCCCACCGUAGAGGUGUUGAAGCCCAAUAAUCAGCCGAUCCAGGAUUUACAAGGCCCAAUUGAUGACCACAACGGCAAGAUCGCCGUCCAGCCGAGGAAGCAGGAACAGAAGGAGGAGGAGACCUUUUUCGAGUACUUUCAUCCUCCCAUGGAAAUUUGCGCCUCUGUCAAGAGUUACGGCGGCUUUAUGGUUGAGUUUAAAAGACUGCUGAUAAAUACGACGGCUAUUGAGGGCAACCUCGGAGGUGAGGACUACCAAUCAGUGAUGUUUCAAGCUGAGGCCAGCGAGUACGUGAAGCUGAGCAAAAACACCUUCGCGGUAGAAUGUCCACUCUUCUACAACCUUGAUAAGUAA